AUGACUGCCAACAACCAUGGUCACCUGGUCAGUAUUGCUAGUACGGCGGGUAUGAUUGGUGUCAAUGGACUAGCAGGUAAACCACUUACUAUGCCUGUGUGCAUGACUUACUUCAAUGUUCCUCAAUACUGGUCCUGGAGAGCGACAGGGUGUGUAGGCUUUUGUUCCAGUCAGCACCAAGACACCUGACAGCUAAUCAAUGUUUUAACGACGGACUAAAUCCGGUGUGUUGGUGCAGGGCAAAAACAAAAGCCUACGCACCCCAUAGCCGUAGUGCAGAACAUUGCCUUUGUCUUAAACUCUGGGCACAACAUUACGCAAUCAAGAGACCUACCGUAGAGCUGAUCGAUAGCUGUUAUCAAUCAACCUUGAAUGGGUGAAAAAAUGUCAUUUUUAACUUGUUCAUGUACUGUAGUUGAAGGGUCUUUUCCAUAGACUGACUGGGGUACAGAAAAUGGGACAAUGCAAUUUCACAGUUUAGUUGACAUUUAUCUUGAUGUGGAGACCCGUUUUAUAUGGUCUAUGUUGGGGUGUUUUACUUCUCUUUUCUUUCUCUCUGCGUUGUUGGGAAGGGCCUGUAAGUAAGCAUUUCACUGUUAGUCCACACCUGUUGUUUACGAAGCAUGUGAUGAAUACAAUUUGAUUUGAGUCUUUUGUUUAACCUGCUCUACAGUAUGCCAAUACAUGCAUUUCUCUCCUGAUAGAUUACUGUGCCAGCAAGUUUGCUGCUAUUGGCUUUGCUGAGUCUGUGGCUCUGGAGCUGCUGGCUACGGGGAAGGAUGGAGUCAAGACUACUAUCGUGUGUCCACACUUCAUCAACACUGGCAUGUUCGAUGGCUGCAAUUCUAAGUAAGUUAUCAGCCAUAAUAGGUGCUUUACAGGAUUUCAUUGAAAGUUGCCAUAUUUAUAUCCUUAUUGUCACAAUACACACACUAUGAAGGUCAAGGGUCACAUUACAUAUGUUUAUACACUUUUUUUCAUUUGUGGGCUGAUAGUUACUCAAUGUUGCUAGUCAACAUUGCUGGUUUAUAUAAUGAGUUAUGUUUAUAUUAUGAGGGUAUACAGUAUCACUUUCAACAACAAACAGAAUUACUUACUGUACACAAGAAGAAAUGCUUACUAUGGAAGUUGUUUUAUUGUCACAUACACUGGAUAGGUGCAGUGAAAUGUGUUGUUUUACAGGGUCAGCCAUAGUAGUAUGGUGCCCCUGGUGAAAAUUAGGGUUAUGUGCCUUGUUUAAUUGACAGACUGUUUAUUUUUUUCACCUUGUUGGCUCGGGUGUUCGAACCAGGGACCAUUUGGUUACAGGCCCAAUGCUCUAACUGCUAGGCUACCUGCCGCCCUAUCGACCAGAUGCACUAGUAUGUGAAAUGACUCCCACCCCCCACAGGUGGCCUCUCUUGGUGCCUGUCCUGGAUCCAGACUACGUAGCAAAGAAGAUCAUUGAGGCCAUUUUAACUGACCAGGUCUACCUUCUGCUCCCAAAGAGCAUGUAUCUUCUCAUGGGCAUGAAGAAGUGAGUAUCCCUUCAUGUUCUUACUCUCUCUUCCUUAUGGAAAUAAAAUGUUUUUUUCUAUUUUUCACACUGCCUCACUCACUGAGAGAUCUGCUGCACAAACACACACAACGCAUUGUCACUCCAUUCCAACACUCAGAAAUGGUUACAUGUUCAAACUGCACAGUCUAGUCAUACCCACUGGUGACAACGUCUGUUUCCUCUACAAUUGCCCAUGUAGGGUGCCCUCAGUCUAGUUCUCUAGCCUGCCUCACUGCCUAAAGUAGAUUCAAGUAUUUCAAUGGUUAGUAUCUGCCCUAGAUGUUACAUUGAGUCCUUUAGGGCUUGGCUUUACUGUUCCUGACCCCAAACUAGCCUGUUAGUAUGAGUCUUCAAUGUCUCUUAGCCAGACCGACAGCUUUUUUGCUCAUCGCCUCAUUCACGGGGCACCCGCGAUAUGCUGUUUUCCUUACACAGCCCACCCGCCCUUCUCCCGACCGGCGACACUACAGCUGCCAGUCGGAGGCAAACCGCUUUUUCGGCGUCAAGCCAGCGGCAUGCCUCUACUCCCUUUCGCCACUUAUUUUUAUAUAUAUGUAUUAUUUGAGAUGCAUUGGAUGCUAUGUCCCUUUGAAAAAAGGUUUGAUUUCCUAUAAGUAUUUACAAGUAUUGAAAAUGAUUAUGUAUGUGCAAGAUAUCAGAUGAGGAGGUCCUGGUUCCCUGGAUCAACAGGUGACAAAUACAUUUAGUCAUCAAAUUGUAUUUUUUAUUGACAGGCUUCUCACACAGUGAAAUGGCAACAAAAGUGACAUAGUAAAGGAAUCAAAUAAGUGACAUUGUAAAUAUACAAAAAUAAGACUAAAUUAAAUCAAGUACAAAAUAAUCAUGCAGACUAAACAAAAAUAAUUAUAAUAGCCUAUAGGCAUAUAAUAUGGACAUGUAUUUGACCAUGUGCAGAAUAACUACAUUGACAUGUGAGUCAUUUAGCAGACACUCUUAUCCAGAGCGACUUAAAGUUAGUGAGUGCAUACAUUUUUCAUACUGUGCCGUCUCCCAAUUGUCUAGACCAGUGAAUAAUAAUGUAGAGGCAUGAAUUAUCCCGCAAAACACUGACUUUCACACCAGGCAAGUUAAUUACACUAACAGUUAAAAAAUGAGGGUGGAUCAGAGAUACAAAUUAGGCCAAAUUACCUGCUCCCUUUUAACUUAAAGCAUCUUCUUUCCCAGUGAAACCCUAAGAUAUUUAGCUUCCUUGUGAGAGGUGAACAGAAACAAACAGGGCUAUGCCAUGUCUAAAAGUAAUAUUGCAGAGAACAAUUUUAAUGAAUAAUUGUGCGAUUCAUAAUGACAUAGGCUAAAGAACUACGUUUAGCAUGUACUUAAUUGAGUUUACUUUGCUAGCUUAACGUGUUACUGUUUGAGCAAACAUUAAAGACCGACAAUAGUAAGUUAUGAAAGUUUGCAUUAGCUAUGACAAUUGUCUGAAUCAUAACAUGUAACACGAGAAGGAAAGCUGUAACGUUACUUGAACAAAAGAGUUGCAGUAAAAAACACUAGAGAAGGGGUUUUUUCCCGCCAGAAAAUGAAUGGUUGGCAUCCAACCUCAAUUAAAAUGAAUGGAUUGGUGUUGACGAUAAAGUGGACGUGCCAAGCCCACUAACCAAUCCCAGUAGACCUUUUACUUUCUGUGCGGUAACAUGGGUGGGGGUUUUGCUCAAGGACCAAUGGAAUCUCUCUCCAUGAUUCAAACUCGAGGCCAGCGAAUUGGUGCUCCAUCUAUCUUUUGACUAAAAGUGUGCCACUAGUAUAUAUUCGGUAUUUCAAAAUGUUCAGUAGUGAUAAAUACAAACCAAUUUAAACUGUUCUUUGGUUCCAAAAGACUACUGUUGCCAUUUUUCUAUACCUACUACCACGUUCGAGGGAGGAUGGCUACUAACUUCCUGUUGAUGACAUUGGGCUUUCUGGCUUCUUUUGUGAGGGUUUAAGAGGUGCCGCCACCUCCUGUAAGUAGUGUGCAUUUCUCUUUUGGCAAGGUUGAAGGAGAGUAUACAUCAGACUGUAGCAGCCUAUGUAUAUCUAAUGCAAAUAACAAUACUCGGCAAAGGAGGGUAAAAAGUGGGUAGUUAGAGGGUUAACCUCGAUCUGUGGUCACAGAUCAAAAGGCUAUCCCCCCCCCCCCUCCUUAAUGAAAUGGCGACAGGUUCCUGAAGUUUAGCAAUGCAGGCUAUUCAUUGAAAUUUACAUUUUAAGUUGCAACAUUGACUGUCUUUGAUUUUGAACAUUAGUUUGAAGCAAUGAACAGGCCAUGGAAUUAAAUCUACAUUGGAAUGUAGGCUAUGUAUUAAUGGCGUCAAUACAAUAGACUAGAAUUGGCUUCAUGACCACAGACAAUUUCACCCUUAAUGACAGCGAUCAACAAUGUUUGAAGCAGUGGAGUGGCAUCUCGUUUAACAAAGCAAAUGGAACAGUUGGUAAAACCACUAUUUUUUUUAACCAGCAUUUACAUCAAGUGCACUUGACCGCCCUCAUGUUUUGCUUUCAUUUAUUUAUUUUGUAUGUAAGAGCGGUUUGAAAAGACCGCCUGAAAUUUCAGCCUGUUUUAGUGGGAUGGAGUUUUUGCCUGCUUGGUGACAACACCGGGCGGUAAAUUAGUUAAUAAUAGUAAUAUGCCAUUUAGCAGGGACCAAUAAGAGUUCCAAACCUCUGCCAAUAACUGCUCGUUUUCAGUUUUCCCCUCCCUACUUGCACCACUUCGACGGUCCUAGCUAAAUUCCUGCUUGAGAAAUUGCUCUUUGCUAACAAGCCAUUUGUUUAUUUUUGACCAUUUUAAUUGAAACAAUCAAAGUAAGGUACUUAUUUAAUAUUGAGAUAAAAAUGGCUGCAUUGGACCUUUUUUUAAGGGAAAGACCAACAUGGUCACAGGCCAUAGGUGACUGGACUAAGGCCAAUGGGUCAACCUGAGAUUCUGCCGUUAAAUCGCCAUGUGUAACAGAAACGUUUUAACAUGGUCAUCGACCUUGGUGAACCUAGCAUAUAAAUUGUCCCCUUAAUGGUGCUCGUGUCUUAUAGAUAGUCAGAGAGAGGAGGGACACAGAUGGUUUUUCCCUGCACACAGUCCAACUUAAUUGAGCUGGGUUGCCAAGCAUUCCAGACAAUGUGAUAUCAUUCACAACACCUUGUCUUCAUCUCCAUUAAGGCUUGCAAGUACCGGUAAACACUUACCCAGACCUUACUUAUGCAUUGAUGCCAAUUACGGAUCAGUCGCUGAUAAAGCAGCACCUGGUUGAGUGGGCAGCAAGACUAUCUGGAGACGACACCGAUUUAUUUAUUCAGACCUACACCUGAUUUGCACUGCAGUUGACUAAUGAUAUGCAACCUCAACAUUUCAAUCUACGCCAAAGCCUUUUUGUGUAAUGGAAAUGUCUUUGAGACAGGUGUGGUAGAACACUUUUGGAAAUUUGGCCAGGUUCUGGUGGGUAAGUCUUAAUUAGAAGCGAUUUGCAUGGCUACUUUCGUUCAUUGAGGCCUUUUGAGAGUGAGUUGUUGGCUUCAUGCUGAAUACAACACAAUACACCCAUGACUAAUACAGUAGAUUUAAUCACUCACCACCAAUUAGACUGAAUGAUUAAGACAUGAAAUGGCUUCUCAUAUUAUUAACAUCUUUAGUAGUGCAGUUAUGGUGUUAUCAUGCCCUUUUGAAAUAAGUUUUGUUCCUGGACUGGAAGACAUUCAAACAGCAUUGAUUAUGCUCUGAAUAAUUUAUUGGAUUUUCAUCAGUCGUUUUUAAUUGAGAUUUAAUUUAUUCCCACUGUGAUUACCAGUUUUCCUAUAUAACAGAAUAAAUGACUUGCUGUACUUUGUUCUAAUGAAGUCAUUCUGACUCUUUCAAUUCCAGACUCUGUAGUUUGUUCUCAUAAUAGGCUUUAAGUUGUGCAUUGCAGUGAUCAUUGCUAAUAUUUAGCCUAAUUGACUGCUGUUCUCAUCUUCACAGGAUUUUACCCUUUAAGACUGGGAAUCUGCUGGGGCUGUACCUGGGAGCAUUCAACUUUAUGGAUGCCUUCAAAGGACGCGUCAAGAAAGAGGGGUAG